AUGUCCAUGCUCGCUAUAUCUCCUUCGUACUAUGCGCCACGUCCCGACGAGAGGUUGCCUGUAGGUGCUGUGGAUCCGAAAUCUCUGCCUGAGGGUGUGGAAUGUCCUCUUCUGUUUCAGCACACCGAGGUCCCGAGCGGUAACAGUACUGUUACCCUGAAAAACCGCGUCAUUGUGGCACCUAUGUGCAUGUAUUCGAGUGUGGAUGGAUUUCCCACUCCUUUCCAUCUCGUUCACCAUGGUCAGUUCGCUUUGCAUGGUGCUGGUUCGAUCAUUGUGGAAGCCUCAGGUGUAACGCCGGCUGGACGUAUUUCCUCCCGCGACUUGGGUUUGUACAAAGAAGAGCACGUUGCUGCGCAUGCGUCGCUUGUACAAACUGUCAAGUCCGUGUCAUCAGAUGUGUACUUUGGUAUCCAGCUGGCACAUGCAGGUCGCAAGGCUUCGACGUAUCCCCCCUAUGACCGCACGCCGCAUGAUACUCCCUAUGUACCUGUCAGCGACGGUGGUUGGGAUAAGACUGUCGUGAGUCCAUCGGCUAUCCCCUAUGGCGAGGGCCACUUGGUCCCUCAUGAGCUGUCGCUCAGUGAGAUCCGUGAUAUUGAGGAUGAUUUUGUACGAGCCGCUGACCGUGCGUACCGCGCUGGAUACGAUUUCGUCCAGAUCCACUCGGCUCACGGCUAUUUGCUGUCCUCUUUCAACUCUCCCUUGGCCAACCAGCGCACAGACUUGUAUGGUGGCACCCUGGAGAACCGCACCCGUCUGCUGCUCAAUAUUGUGCGUCGCAUUCGCGAACAAUUCCCUGAUAAAGGCCUGUGGGUGCGCCUCAAUGGUACCGAUGGUCUACCAGAGGAGGAUGAAAGAGAGAGUUGGAAUUAUGAGGAUACGACGGCUUUGGCCUCGCUGCUAGACUCGGCCGGUGUUGACAUGCUAGAUAUUAGCAGUGGUGGCACGGUGGGCCAGAUUAAGUUUUUGUCUACGCCCGGCUACCAGGUCCCCGGUGCGGUAGCAGCAAAGUCGGCUGGCCUCAAACGUAUGAAGGUUAGCUCCGUGGGUUGUCUCCAGGGCGGAACAGAAGAAAACCCUGAUGCGCCCGGUCUGUUCGCUGAGAAGGUGCUCCAGGAGGGGAGCGCGGAUUUCAUUGCCUUGGGUCGUGUUUUCCUGCGUCAGCCUACCUGGGUAGAAGAUGCUGCUCGUGCUCUACUCGGAAGGCAUGCGGCGGGUGCUUUGCAAUACUCAUACACGUUCCCCCGGCUAGAGUAA